CCCUCCUCCCCGCGCUCCCAGCACACUCCGGGCUGCUCGGCACGCCCCCUCCCGUUCCACUGCGUCCCGCGCGGCGCGCUCAUCCCCGAGGGGCCCCUGCAACCUCUCUGCGCGAAGACGGCUCCAGCCCUGUAGGGAAAGAAAAGUAACUUCGCUUUUCUCGGUGAAACCAGGAAGGAUUAGGAGGCUUGGAGAAGGCCGGAGCUCGCGGAGGGUGCAAAGAUUGUGGACCGAGACGCGUUCGGACAGAGACUAUGUAAUCGGUGCGGUGUCUGUGUAGAGGACUUCGCUUCGGGGAGGGAAGAGGAGGGAUCCACUCGCUCCUCCGGCGGCGACUCGGCAGGCGGAGUUUCGCGGCGGCACCAGGGUUACGCCAGCCGGCGGAGAGGUCGCUCCAUCCAGUCCAGCGGCCGAGAGAGCCUCUGAGUCGGAGCGCCGGAGCCAGCGGGGGCGAGGGCGAGCAAGACCGAGCUUCGGGAGCACCGGAGGAGACUAGCGAACCAAGCGCACCCCCGCCCGCCCCAGCUGCGCCGUGCCGGGAGGCGUCAAGGCGACAUGGAGAAGGACGGCCUGAGCCGUGCGGACCAGCAGUACGAGUGCGUGGCGGAGAUCGGGGAGGGCGCCUAUGGGAAGGUGUUCAAAGCCCGCGACCUGAAGAACGGAGGCCGGUUCGUGGCACUGAAGCGCGUGCGGGUGCAGACGGGCGAGGAGGGCAUGCCGCUCUCCACCAUCCGCGAGGUGGCGGUGCUGAGGCACCUGGAGACCUUCGAGCACCCCAACGUGGUCAGGCUGUUUGAUGUGUGCACAGUGUCACGAACAGACAGAGAAACCAAACUAACACUAGUGUUUGAACACGUUGAUCAAGACUUGACCACUUAUCUGGAUAAAGUUCCGGAGCCUGGAGUGCCCACAGAAACCAUAAAGGAUAUGAUGUUUCAGCUUCUCCAAGGUCUGGACUUUCUUCACUCUCACCGAGUAGUGCACCGUGAUCUAAAACCACAGAAUAUUCUGGUGACCAGCAGUGGACAAAUAAAACUGGCUGACUUUGGCCUUGCCCGCAUUUAUAGUUUUCAGAUGGCCCUUACCUCAGUGGUCGUCACGCUGUGGUACCGAGCUCCGGAGGUCUUGCUCCAGUCCAGCUAUGCCACCCCCGUGGAUCUCUGGAGUGUUGGCUGCAUAUUUGCAGAAAUGUUUCGUAGAAAGCCUCUUUUUCGUGGAAGUUCUGAUGUCGAUCAACUAGGAAAAAUCUUGGAUGUAAUUGGACUCCCAGGAGAAGAGGACUGGCCCAGAGACGUUGCCCUUCCCAGGCAGGCUUUUCAUUCCAAAUCUGCCCAACCCAUUGAGAAGUUUGUAUCAGAUAUCGACGAACUUGGCAAAGACCUGCUUCUGAAGUGCCUGACAUUUAAUCCAGCCAAAAGAAUAUCUGCCUACAGCGCCCUGUCUCACCCAUACUUCCAAGACCUGGAGAGGUGCAAGGAGAACCUGGAUUCCCACCUGCCGCCCAGCCAGAACCCCUCAGAGCUGAAUACAGCCUAAGGUCCCCAUGGCUAUCUUGAGCUGAUCAUCUGGAGAAUACCCUUAGUGGCUGUUGGGUCCCCCUGAGCAGAGCUAUUGAAGGUCACUGUCUGGAGGCCUUCCAGCUGCCAUCUUCUGGAUGGGUUCUGCUUCUUCAAGGAAACCGCCUAGUUUACUGUUUUGGAAUCAAUGCAAGAGUGAUUGCAGCUUUAUGUUCAUUCAUUUGUCUGUCUGUUUAUUUCAAGAACCUGGAAAAAUUCCAGAAGAAGAGAAGCUGCUGACCAAUUGUGCUGCCAUUUCAUAUUUCUAACCUUGAAUGCUGCCAGUGUGAAGUGGGUGAUCCAGGCACAGCUGAGUUAUGAUGUAACCUCUCUGCAGCUGCUGGGCCUGAUUUGGUACUUUUGAGUGUGUGUGUACAUGUAAGAGAGAUUCUGUGAUCUCUUAAAGUGUUACUUUUUGUAAACGACAAGAAUAAUUGAAUUUUAAAGACUCAAGGUGACCGAUAAAAUUCCAGGCGCUGUUCACUGAAGGUGAUUCACCAGAAUGAUCUUCUCAAAUUAGAAAGUUGAGCCUAUGUCCUCAGCAUUUCUGUUCUGGCCAAAAGGAGUAAAUUUGUUAGCAGUUAAAGAUGAAGUUUUAGACACACAGCAAAAAGGAAGAAAAAAUUCUAAUAUCCUUUAAGAGACCUGUUUUUUAAAGCAUGCAUUCUAUUUACUCUUUUGAAACUGAAUUUACUUGUAAGUCUAUUUUAACUUUCUAUAUAGUAUCAUGCUUUACUGUUUCUUUUGAAAAUAUAAGCUUUUUAUUACUUGCUAUAGAUUUAGGGAUUGUACCUCGUAUAGGUUAAAAAAAAAAAACUAGAGAAAACCUUUAUUUUCUGGUUUGAAAUGUCUUGACUUCUUUUUUGGUUUUCGUUUUUACUUAGUUUUUGUUUUUAGGAAUUUGUCAAAACUGUUUCCUGUUUGGAUUUGGAGAGUAGUUCUCUCUGACCAGGGACAGAGAUACCAUUUAAAUUUUCUGUAUCUAUUACACUGUACUUUUCCCUAUGCACUGCCUUAUUUGCAAAGUGCCCAUCUUAUCUAUCUCCCAGCACCUCUCAUAUAUAUUGCUCCCAUUUCAUAACUCAUAACAGAUGCCAAAGCUGUUCCAUGCACCACCUGCUUGCUUGCUUUCAAUGAACCUUUCAUAAAUAGGCAGCUUCAGAUUAUGGUUUAUGGCCUUGAUUCUGCAAUCCUAACAGGGCCCCAUAUGUUCUUGAUGCAGUCUUCCUACCUGGCAUCUGCUUGAGUUACCUAAGCAAUGAAUAGGAUACUUGUUCCACUCUGUCACCAGCACAAAGAUUGCUAUAAACUGUUACUUAGUGUUUUACAUUUUUGUAGAAUUUAUGCUUAGUGUAAUUUCUGAGGGAAUGUCUUUAACUCUUUUUUAGAGCUAGCUGUUAAUAUUCUAAAUAAUCUUUGUCUCUCUCCUCCAGGCCAUGCUUGUUUCCAGUGCCUUGUGCUCACUCCUGCUCUCUGCAGGACCAGCCUGACCUGGGCAUUAUAAAUAGCUCUUCUUUUUCUCGAGAUGCUUUCUCUCUCAUCCUUUGUAUCCCAUACCACCUCUGCCUUCUCUAUAGUUUGGUGCUGAGAGAACUUGAGUAACCAGAAGACACAGAAAGCAUCUUUGGAGAAGUUCUGCUUCCUGUGCUUUCUGACUGUUUGAGGACAGGCAACAAACAGCUAGAUUAUGUUGAGAGUUAGGCUUUUCAAGGACUGGCCAUUGCUUUCCUCAGUAGAAAGUGUUUCAAAUGAUGCUUAUGCAUUAUCAAGCUCACUGAAUUCUUCCCAGCUUCAUAUUGUUAUCUCAUAGCAAAGGGUAAUGAUAACCUAAGCUUAAGAACGUAAUUCCUGAACAAGAAGAACAUUUAGGAGAUGUUUCUUCUCAAAAGCUUUUUGGGGAUAGAACUGUUCUUUUUUUAAAACAUACAUUGUUUAACAUUGUUCUAGUUCCGUAGCUUUAGGAACAGGAAUGUUUUCUAACGCAAGGUAAAAAAGAUGGGCUAAGCAUGGUUUAUACUUCCUUCCUGUGACAGCAUUAAUGAUGUGUUGUCACCACUGUAAAUGCUUGAGAUAUAAUGAAUCUAGGAGCAUUCUGAGCAAGAUAUAUUCAUAAGUCUUACCUGGAAAUUAGUUCUGCCUUUGAUUGAGGUUCAAAAGACAAAAGACUUUUUUUUUUCCCCUGGGGCCUAGAAAUUUAAUUUUAAAAUUCACUGCACUGAUUCACCAUGACCUUUUCUUGGUUGGUAUCCAUGUGUUAAAGUGAACAUAACUUGACUCUUUGCUUUUGCAAAAGUUUUUUCAGUGGUUCCCUCAAGAAAAAUGCAGCUGUUCUGAACUGGAAUUUUUCAGCAUUUUUAGAAUUUUAAAUGGUGAGCUCAGUUUUUACUUCUAGCAUCUGCUUUGGGCUUAUUUAUAAGUAAUGUUUGUAAAGAAAAAUUCAAACACAUUUUGGCACUAGAUGCUUUGCCCAUCACCCUCUGGUGGCACAGAAGGAAAGGGCAUCUCAGCUUCACAAACUCAGUUAAAUCUCAUAGUUCUUCCAUUGCCAUAGUGGUUGCACUUAGGCAAUGAUUCUCUUGUUGUAUGUCUUUACACGCAGGCUCACCACUUCUAAAACCCAGGUACCCCAUGAGCAGCUUUGCCAUUAGGGCCCUUUUUUGAAGCAUACAGUAGAAUAAGAACCUAGUGAAUAUCGCUUAUUCUUCUGUAACAUGGCUUCAGACUUCUUUCCCAAAAGCUAGGCAGCAGUUAACUGAAAAGAUCAUACUGCCCCAAGAAAGAAGCUUAUGGCAAGAAAAAGUCUCAGAUUUGAAAUCACGUUUUGAAUAUAUACUAGAACUAGUGUACACAUGUAUGUGCCUGAUAGCUUCUGUUUGGGGCUUGGUUCUGGUGGCCCAGGCCUUGAGAGCUGUUGUUAUAUGGAGUUAUAACAACCUCAGUAUAAAAAAAGAAAAAGAAAAAGAAACAUAUCUGUUUAUCAUAAGCUAUCUCAUGGCAAAGGGUAACCUAAGCUCAAUAACAUAAUUCCUGAGAGCUUGUAAUCACUCAUUGGGUUGGAGCCUCCCACUUUGUCCCUCUGAAGAGGCUGGAAACUCAAAGAGAAAGAGCCUCUCUGCAAGAAAGCUUGGGGCCAUUUCAGCCCCCUGUGUUCUCAGAUUUUUCCCUCAGGAAGCACACACUGUGAAUGGCAGGUUUUUCAUUUAGCCCCAGGUGAUUUACUAAAAAUAGUUUAAAAUUAUCCAACUAAGAGUAGAAUCUCGGCAUGUUAGUUUCCAGUACAAAUGAAAAUUUCAGAAUGCACAGAUGUUAAGAUCUUAAAGAAAAUGUGUUCCUUUUAAUAGGAAAAAUAUAUAGUUUGAUUCUAGAACAUGGUACUAUCCAUUUUGUUGAAAGAAACCAAUAGUACCAAACAUUUUGAACUUUAAAUUAUGUAUUUAAAUUGAUUUUUUAAUAACAAUAGCGGCCUCACUUUAAAGUGGUGCCUAAUUAAAGUCAGUAAUGCAAUUCUCAUUCCAUUGUGGAAAUUAAAUCAUGUGAACUUCAUGAUAUCAUAAGCAUAUUAAAAUUCUUAUGUUCAAAGAAUUGCUUUUCUUUUAAGUGACAGCUUGACUAUUUUUAUGAUAAGCACAUGAGAGUGUCUUACAUUUUAUUUUCCAAAUACAAACUUUUGUUGCAUAAUUGGCUGUAGGAACAUAUUGAUAGAAUUCAAAAGAAUGCACGUUUUAUGUUGUGACAUAAGAAUAAAGAUGUGGCAUGACUUCUUUUUUGUGGCAUGACUUCUAAAUCUUUAAAAAUUAUUUAUGAAACAUUAGACAGUGAAUAGAGGAAAUUCUGAAGAAACUGAACAUAUUCAAAGGGUAGUUUCAAAGUUACAUAUAUUUUGAAGUAUAUAUUUUUUUAUCCUCAAGUAUAUUGUAAGAAUUGAUAUUAAAAUCACCUGGAAAACUAUGGACUUGACAUGUUCAAAAACAAAUCAUAUGGAAAAGCUAUCCCUGGCAUAAAUUAACAUAUGCUUUAGAGUAUUCACUGUUUAAAAAAAAUUUUUAAGUCAUGUGUUUCCUAUGCCAGUGGGACUUUUGAAAAAUUGUAAAUCUUACAAACUCCUUUAUCAUGUACACUAAUACAUUAAGUACAUUUGUCUUCUCCAAAAAACUUCCUGAGACUACCAAAGCCUGAAAACAAUGUAAAUCCUGGGAAAAAUAGUAAUGGUAUUUCCUCAAAAGCAUGAGAAAACAGCAUUUUCAUUCCUUACUGACUUCAUUAUUAUCAAUACAAUUUUAGUCCAAUUUUGAUACAUACUUAUAUCUCAAGCAUUUCUAACUUGUCCUUUUUUAGAAAAUAAGCCAAAUCUAUUCCUUUUGCCUUCUCUGUCUUCUGACCUUUGUAAAUAACAGAACUGUAGAAGUAGGAGGAAAAUGAUACUCUUAAUGUUUUUUCUCAAUUAGUUUUUGUUUUGUUUUGUUUUGUUUUUGUUUUUUAAGUGGAGUACCAGCUUUUCAAAGUAUUUUGCAUUUACUGGUUUGCUGGUAUUCUUGGGGAGUUAGUUUAGAUUAAUAAAUGGACUUCCUUUAGAAUCUUGGUUUCCUUGAUCCUGGUGCUCUGGCCUUUAAGAAGAAAGAGCUACUUGAAAGUACAUGCUUUCCCGCCCCCCCCCCAGCAUCUAUUGAAAUACUAUUACAGAAAUUUAAAGUUAAUGUUGUAGGAAUUGAAGGUAGUUUUUUGUUUAUUUUUGUUUAAUGUUAAUGGUAGGUAUGAAAAGUAGUUUUAAAAAAAAAAAACUUUUAAAAAAGUUCUGUUAAUUCACAGUCCUAAGAGCUGGACUCUUCUGUUUUAUUACAGUGUGUUCCACAAGGUGGCGCUUUCAAAAAAAUAAAAAUCUGGCCAAGGCUGAAGAGGUAGUUCUAAGGACUUUAUUCUUUUUUUCUGCACAUCUUUAACUUCUGCCUAGCACUUGUUCCUCAAUAUAAUUAAUAGUGUUCAUAAUGUUCUAUAACUUAAGAUAUUUUAGUUGUUUAUCUAGGUUCUGAACGAUUGUCUGAAAAUUAAUUGUGCUAGAUGACUUUAUGCCUAUUUUGAUCUUAAGUUGAGUCAAGAAAGCCUAGUCACUUUUAUUCAGGACACUUUUGGUUUUUGUAUUUUUUUUUUUGAGGUACCUAGUUACCUCACUUUUCUACUUUGGGCAGACUCACUUAUUAAAAAGGCAACUCUCAGUUUGUGAACAGAAUAGUUUUGUUAGGAGUGUAACAUUUAAUCAAGAAGCCCCAGUUAAAACACCCACACCCCAGUCUACUGGUUUCACAUCCUCUACCAUGGUGACCUUUUGACACUGAUUCCACUUUAAAAUUCUAAUCUAAAAAUCAGAUGAGCAAAAUAAGUAGUGCAUCAAUAAUUAAAUAGACAAAAUCUUUUCUAAAGAAUUGCUAUACUGAAACAGCACUAAAAUGCUAAAAGACCUGGUAAAUUUUACACUUUAAUGACUAAUGCAAAUUCCUAAGAAAUUCUAACUCUUAGGUAUUGUCUAGGUAUAUGAGCAUAAUCUAGCAACUCUCCACAUCUCUGGUUUCUCCACUUUUAAAGGUUUUUAGCAUUCAUGAUAUGUUUGUUUUAAUUUACGUUUCUGCUCAGAGACCCACUUUCCUCUCGCCCCUCCCCUGGAAAUGAUUAACAAAAUUUAGGAGGAAGGAAAUGACAGUAUUCUUCAUUUUCUGUAGCACAGUACAACAGGCCGCGUACUCACUCUUGAAUGGCAGAAACUCAGUGGUACCUGCUUUCCUCCAGAGAGGCAGGCGAGAAAAUCUCGGUGAUUCACACUGAAUCAAACUGCCACACACACACACUAGGAACUGUCAGAGUUCUAAGAAAUCAUGACCCCGUGCACCCUCAGCCCUCACCGAAGGGGAGCCCAAUUUAAGCCCCCAGAAAGGUCCACUUCAAACCCAGGUCAGUUACCUGGGCCAGAGCGAACGCCACUGGCUGGCGUUCCCAACUUGAUCCGCACCUGGACGCCUUCCCGGGCGCGGCGCCCCGCCCCUCCGCAGGAGAGUGGCAGGGGGCGGAGCUGCCCGAGACCCACCGGACGGGAGAGGUCCAGGCUCUGCUGCUGUCUCAGAGGCAUCCGUUCUGCAAUCUAAGGAAGUAAAAUGACGCAGGAAGUCAACGGGUGUCUUCUGUGCAUAAAUAAGUACAACAUAAUUUUCCGAACGUUCGGGUAUGAAGGGAUGCGGUAGAAGCUGCUCUCUGCGAAGCUCUACCAGGCAUCCCAAGUUGUAAGCUCAGCCUUUUUUUUUUUUUUAAGAGAAGAUGUAUAAUUGCAGGAAAUGCUUUUUAUUUCUUUUUUUUUUCUUCUGUCAUUCUACAUUUAUGAUGGCAAAGGAGAAUCCUGGAAAAGUUGUUUUGAAAAGUUGUUUAUUUUCUACUCCAUCUUCAGUUGGCAAAAGUUCCUCUUUAGUUUCCAAUUUUUCUCCCCCUCCUCCACCCUUCAAGUAAUUACAGGCAUGUAAGUAAAUUAUCUCCUGUAAGAGGGGGCUUUCCUGUUGAGAGGAAUCUUUUGUGUGAAUAAUCUGAUCACACCCACCAAAAAAAGAAAAAAAUCAACUCCUUCUCUACUUUAGAAGUUUGGAAUCAAAAGUAGAUUUUCCUAAAGGAGACAUAUAGCUGUAUAUUGACUGAAAAGAACUGUGACUUUAGCACUAAUCAGUAAACACAAAACGAUACCAAUAUUUAAUUUCAGACUGGUUUUUAGUCAAAUUCCCUCUGUGUUUAGGUCAAAAUUCUGAUGGUACCUUGGACCCCUUACUUGAAAAUUUCUAAUCUUAAAUUUUAUGAAAUGAAUAACAUGUAUUAGCUAACAAUACUUCUGUGGUCACCAGCAACUCUGAGUUUGACCGUUAAGUCUUUGAAUACUUAAAAUUGGUCCAACAGUAGUGCAUUUUUUGAACCCGCAAGUGUACCAUGUCUUUUCACUCUUGGCCUUUGUUUGCAAUCAUAUACACAUGUAAGUUAUAGCUCCUUACUUACUUUUUAUUCAUUUAUUUUCCAGUGACCAUUAAUAAAUGUAUUAGUAUUUGGAAUUAAUAGCAACCUAGAUACAGCACUUAGCAGGUGGAGAAUUUUUUUCAAGUUGUUCUACAUUUGCAUAAAUUAUUUCUAUUAUUAUUCAUGUAUAUUAUUUAUUUCUGAGUCACACUAGUCCUGUGAAAGUACAACUGAAGGCAGAUUUACUAGGGCUUGCAUUUGAGGUUCAUUAUCAUGGUCUUGAAAUUAAAAGUUAGAUGAAACCCCCAAGUAAGCUGCAUGCAUUUUUAUUAUGAUUAGUAGAGAUAAGUCUAUAGAUGUAGUAUUUUUGGUGUUUUAUCAUUAUGUAAACAAAUUAAAGCAGAGGUCUUUGUAGUUGUUGCUUGUGUUGAAUAUGCAUAUAGUAUAGGGUGAAAUUACAGCAAAAGUAAAAGCUAAAGGUAGAAAAGCAUUUUAGAGAUUGCCUUCAUUUAGGAACUGGGCCAGGUGGCCAGCAGAGUAGAUAGAUGCCAGGCAGAGACAAGUGUCUGGGCGGUGCCUUCUGUCUGGCCUUGUGAAGAAGCUUCUCCCCAAGAUCUACUGUGUACUAGGUGUCCUGUGCAGAAGUGGGAACAGGUAGUACUGCUGAAAGGGGAGCAGUGUGAAAGCUGUUCUGUAGAAGCAGAACUGGCAGCUUGUGCCUUGAGGCUUCCAGAGCAGGUCAGAUGAAGAAGUCCAAGUUUCCAUGCUUCGGGCAACUUAGCUGUGUACAGAAGCAAUCCAGCCUGGUAAUAAAAAGCAAGGGUUGUUCAUACAGUAAUUGAAAAAGGGAUUUUAGCAACCAGCAAUUCCCAACACCUCAAAAGCUUGCUGCAUUUCUGGUAUUUUAGGUAUUUCUGGUAUUUGAUCUGAAGGUUAAAGGGCAAGUGUUUUGUAUAGAAAAGCAGUAUGUGUUAAGAAAAGCACAAUGUCAGUUCCUGUAGAGGGCAGAUUAGAACUAGAGAAUUUUGUAGGAUUAUCAUUUCUAAAAUGCUCAUGUUUUCACUGUAAAAUGUAUUAGUGCUUCAGCAUUUCCAUAGUAAAAACUUUCUUCCAAGUUUCAGCAAGGCUGCCAUACACAGUAAACUUCUUUCUUUUUUUACUUAAAAGAGAAAAUGUUUUUAAAGUUUUAAAAAAAAAAUCUUAAUUUGGACUUUUGACUUAUUGGUUUCUAUAUGUGAAAUCACAGUUCUCACAAUGAAGAGACUGUGCACAUCAGAUACUAAUCUAGGCUAUGAGAACAGCCCAGGAUGACUAUUACCUAUCUCCACAGCCUACAUCCUGACCCCAUCCCUGUAACCAUCUCUUCCUCUCUCCAACUAAGGUGCUCCUUGCCACCACCCUGACCUGUCCAAGUGGUGCUCUCUGUCCUCUGCUCAUUUGGAGUCAUCAAGGACAUCAUGAGAUUAGAUACCACAGUGUGCCUGCCUAGACCUGGCCACCACUCCUACUUAACAUUCAGCUGGCCACCGUCAUCAAUAGAUGGUUCCCGAUGCCAGGCACUGAAUGUGCCCAUGACAUCAAUCAGACAUGCCCUCUAGCAUCUUUGUAUGCAUCUUGAUCUUUAACCAAGUCGUUCUACGAAGCAUUCAGUUUUGGCUGUGGUACCAAGAGAAAAACUAACCAAGAAUAUAAACCACAUUCCAGGCUGCUGUUUUCUAUCCAUUUGCAGGCUAUACUUCUACUGUAUUUCUUCAUACUUGAAAUUCAUUCUGCUAUUUAAUAUCAGGGUACAGACAUCAGGGUGCAUGUUCCCUAAAGGUGCAUAAUUACUCUCAUUCCGUUUGCUCACAUUGCUACAGAAUGCUCUGUUUUGGUGCUUUGGACCCAGCAGGUCAAAAAAGCAGUGUGGAAAAUCACUGCCAGGAACACAGUCUUACAAGAAUGUUGGCCAAUGACUUGGUGUUAGAUCUGUUCUUUUCUCUGCAUACAAGGUUGAGAGUAACCACACUGGCCUGUCAGGUCCACCCCAGCGUCUUUCCUAUGUUCUACUCAAGGGUGGGUGUAGCACAGCCCUGGGAAAGCAGGGAUUUUCUUAACUAUAUGGACUAUCAGCCCUCAAAAAAAAAAAAAUGACCUUGGGUACAGACAACAUCGGACAGGGCCAAGUGGGCCAUGUCCUAUUCCACAUGGAAAUGUUUUUAGAGGGCCCUGAGCUGAAUGUUCUCGCUCUCUCCCCUUGAGGCAGAUAAAAAUAGUGGUCAGUUUAUCUAAGCCCAUCCCAUCAGAAGAGGAGAACAGAAAAAUAGGUGUUUGUGUCAGGUAAAAUAUGUCAUCCAAGGAUCUCAACAACUUCCAUUAAAUACCCCAUCACUAGAACUCUAUUUUUUUAAAGUAACUUAAGUAAGAGAUGCUUUCUGACCUGGGAUCUCUGGGGUAGCCAUUCCUGUUUGCAUCUUACCCUGACACUUAAUUGGAGAGAAAAAACUGCAGUGGCGAUUCUGUUGUCAUGGCAAAGGUAACAGGUCAGGAAAUUCAGAGGGUUACAGUCAAUAAUCCUUUGGAAACUGGAUGUCUUACUGGGUGCUAGAAUGCAAAUAUCGGUAUUUAUUGUCAGAUAAUGGAAUUCGUUGUUUUUUCAAAAUUAGUGUUGAAAUGUUACUGUCCAUUGUGUUCACUUACACAGAAGCGAAAUUGAAACAAAAAGAAAAUGCUCUGUUCAUUUGUCAUACCUUUUGUAUUUCUUACAAUAAAAAUAUUGGUAGCAAAUAAAAAAGGCAAAUUUAAACUGCUUUCUCGAAUUUGAA